CGUUAUUUUUAUACCAAUAUUAUACCAAUAUUAAGCACGUUCACGGGAGUCGCAAGUGCUGGCGAUGGCGAGCAACGAAGAUGCAUACCGUGCCGGAAAUUCGAUGGUGUUCUUGAGGAGGACGAAGAAUGCAUCUGCCAAGAAAGGUCAAUGUGUUGGAGAUGUAAGAGAGGCAGGGGUUGUGGAUAAUGCUAAUGAUGGAAUGCAUGCUGUGAAUGCUGAAAGGGCAUUGCAAGUGAGUGGUGGUUCAAGAUCAAUGUCGUUAGCAACACCUAUUCGACGUAGUGAUAGGUUGAGGAAUGUAAAAUGGAAGAUUGAAAGAAUCAAUAAACCUAUGCGCAUGGAGAUCGAUGAUGACAGUGACGAUAUCUUGGAUGAGAAGGAAAGUGAUGAUGGCAAUAAUGAAAUGGAAGGUGAAGAUGAGGGUGAGGAGGAUGGAGCUUCUAAGCAUGAGGACGAGUCUGCUGAUGCACCUGCAGAAUCUGAUGAUGAUGGUGAGACUGAUAAUGAUGCAGGUGAGGAUGAUGAAGCUGAGACAGAGGGGGGUACAGGAAGUGGACAUUGCACCGCUAUUGAAGUCUGUCACAUUCCUAUAAAAAGUGCAGGAAAGAAGAAAAAGAGAGUCAAAUUAGCAGAUAUGAAGGCUCCAUAUCCUAGGUUGAAGUCAAGGUCAUCGCCACACUUGAUUACUAAGAUGAUGAAGCAGCUAAAUGAUUUGCAGCGGGAAGAAGUAGAGAGGAUUGGUUUUGGUUCAAUUUUGGGAAUGAAUAUUCUAGAGCUGCCUGGGAGAUUAGGUUAUUGGCUGGUGAAGAAUUUUGAUGCUCGGAGGAGUAGUUUGGUGCUGCCGGAUGGUACCAAGAUGCACAUGACUACGUGUGAUGUGCAUUCUGUACUUGGCUUGCCGUAUGGUGGUGUCAAGAUUGAGAAUAAUAAGAGCAACAGAGACACUGAUUUGUUGAGCGAUUGGAGGAUGAAGUUUGGGAAGUGUAAUAACCGAAUAACCCCAGCGGAGUUAGCUGAUGAGAUGCUUGGGUGUAAGCAGGGAGGUGAAUGGUUUAUUAGACAUUUUGUAUUGUUAGUGAUGUCGCUUUUGGUUGAUAGUACGUCGCAUGGGUAUGUUAACAGUUUGGCCCUUGACCACCUUAGAGAUGUGGGCAGAGUGAAAAGGUUAAAUUGGUCACACUAUGUUCUAGAAAAGUUGAUCGACAACAAGAUGAAGUGGGAGAAAAAUCCCAGGAAGUAUUUUUGUGGGCCACUCGUAUUGUUGCUGGUUUUUUACGUUGAUCGUGUCGCUAUUUUCACUGAUACCGUGCCAAGGCGAUUUCCAGCGAUAAAGGGGUGGACAGGUAAAGAGCUUAGAGAGAGAGAAAACAAAGAGGUGAGGGGCGGAGGUUUUGGAAUGGGACAUGACAACAGGCCAUUAGAGAAAGGUAAGCGCAUUUUGUUGAACGAGGUUGCUGUUGGCCAUCCCGCUACAAACGGUGAGCAUGUCGGUACAUCCUCCGGAAAACAGCCCACGGUGGAUAAUGCGAAGAUGGUGCUUGUGCGGAGAUUUGUAGCCAAAAGCAAGAUCCUAGCAAGCACAAUUAUUGACAUGAUCAACAUGCUUCAGGAGGCACCACGAGAAAUGUUUGUGGAUGAAAGAUUUUGUAAAUUGAGAGGUUUAGGACACCGGCUGAUGGGGGUGGAUGACAAAAAGGACGCGGUUCUUGACGCGUCAUCUAAAUGGAAAGAUAUCCAUUGUUUAGAUGAUGAUGCAUAUUGGAGCAGCCCAGAGGUGAUGGCAUUUGUAGAAGAAGUGGAGAGAUCUGUGGAGGUGAAGUCAAAAUAUCAAGAUUUUUUGAGUGAUGUCCCGUCUUUCUCCCUCGGAAUGACACAAGUACUGGGGGAGAUGGGUACAGAUGAGGCAUAUAAUGAUGAGGAUGCACCAAGGAGUGAGAAUAGAGAGACGGAUACGACGGUGGACACCCGUGUUUGUGGACAGGUUGCUGUGAAUGUGGUAGGAGCGGAUGUUGGUGAUACAGGAGAGAGGGAUGAAGGAAUGCAGGUGUUGGACCAACAGGUUGGUGAAAUUGUGGUGGGGGCAGAUAUUGUUAACAAGGAGAAAGAAAGUAUGAGAAUUCAGCAGAUUGUUGAGCAGUUAUAUAUGUCAGAAGGUGCAGUUCCUGAUGAUUACAUUGCAUUCGGUAAUUUUUGUGAUGCAUUGGAUGCUUAUUGGACAUCUACCACCCCAUUAAGCGCAGAUUUGAUAUUUAUCCCAGUCAUGCAAUUGAAGUGGUGUUAUUGUGUGUGUGUAAACACUAAGGGCAGUAGGCUGGAAGUGUUGGACCUUUCGUCAUCAUGCAUAAGAGCCGACGACAAGUACGACGAGAUGCCUGCUAUGCUGCGUGACAUGCUUGUGCAAUUCUUUGAAAACGAAGGGAUGGAAGGAAGACUGAAAAGGCUAGCUACACAGCGGCCAACACGGCUUAAAAUGCCUUGGAGGGAGCCCACGUCCAUACAUGAGUACGGUGUUGCAACUAUGCGCCAUAUGGAGACAUACAUGGGGCUUGGAGUAAAAGGAUGGGACUGUGGUUUGAGCAGGGAUGAUCAGAAAGCCUUUAAUGCAUUGCGUUUAAAGUACUGUGCUUGCAUCGUUUUGGCAGAGGUGAAUGAGAUGAAGGAGGAGAAUAUGACCAAGGCAAAGAAUUUCGCAGCAACUUGAUGUUGGAAACCAAACAUUAUUGAACAUUUGCAGAAACGUCUUUGGUGUUUUUGCACACCGGUUUUUUGUUUUUUGCUGCUGGGUUUUUUUUACAGUUUUAUGGUUUUAUCUAGUUUUCAACACUAAUAUCAUCGAUAUGAAUGAUCAGUUGGUGAUAGAUAAUUUUGAUUGAUUUUGGAGAUUGAUUGUUUCAGUAAGAUGGCAAUGGAGUUAUU